GAAAAGUGAACGUUUCACGAGUCAACAGCAACGUCUUUCGAGAAGUUCUAGGCGCUGUUUGCGACAUUUUUCUUUCUUUUAUCCGUCAUCCAAUGUUUAAUGUGAUGAAAUAACACGUUGAUUAGUGUGUAUUUUCGAUAUUAGUGUUCAUAGUUGUAAUAAAUUAACCGCUAGAUUACGAUAUAAGCUAAUAUGGGCGACGAAAGCCAUCCUAAAACUCUCUACGUCGGGAAUUUAGACGCGAGUGUGACAGAAGAUUUCCUAUGCGCGUUAUUCGGACAAAUAGGAGAAGUUAAAGGUUGCAAAAUAAUUCGAGAGCCCGGUAAUGAUCCAUAUGCUUUCCUCGAGUUUACAAACCACACGGCGGCGGCUACGGCCCUGGCCGCCAUGAACAAACGAGUAUUUCUCGACAAGGAAAUGAAGGUUAAUUGGGCUACAAGUCCUGGUAAUCAGCCCAAGACGGAUACUAGCAACCAUCAUCACAUAUUCGUGGGAGAUCUAUCACCUGAAAUUGAAACUCACAUACUUCGCGAAGCUUUUGCACCGUUUGGUGAGAUUUCGAAUUGUCGAAUAGUGCGUGACCCACAAACGCUCAAAUCUAAAGGGUACGCUUUCGUUUCGUUUGUUAAGAAAGCAGAUGCCGAAGCUGCAAUUCAGGCUAUGAACGGUCAAUGGUUAGGCUCACGGUCUAUACGUACUAAUUGGUCAACCCGUAAACCACCGACCAAAGGACCCAAUGAAGGAGCGCCGAGUAGCAAGCGAGCUAAGCAGCCCACAUUUGAUGAAGUCUACAACCAGAGCUCGCCAACAAACACAACUGUUUACUGUGGAGGUUUCACUAGCAAUGUAAUCACUGAAGAGCUAAUGCAAAGCACAUUUUCACAGUUUGGUCAGAUACAGGACAUAAGAGUAUUCAGGGAUAAAGGAUACGCUUUUAUUAGGUUCACAACUAAGGAAGCAGCGGCUCACGCUAUAGAGGCAACACACAAUACAGAAAUUAGUGGUCAUACAGUUAAAUGUUUCUGGGGUAAAGAGAAUGGAGGAACAGAAAACCAGAGUACGAGCAACCCGCCGGCCGCUCCUGCACCAAUGGGAGCACAAUCGCAGUACCCUUAUGCUUACCAACAAGGAAUGGGAUAUUGGUACGCUCAGGGUUACCCCGCUCUACAAGGCUAUAUGGCGCCAGGAUAUUACCAACAAUAUGCUGCCACUUAUAGCACCCCGCAAGCCGCUGCUGCCGCGGGCUACCGUAUGAGCAUGCCGGGCGGCGGCGCGGCCGGCGGCUCGUGGGGCGGCGCGCCGCAGCCGCUCAUGUACGCGUCCGUGCCGUCCGCGCAGUACCCUUCCCAGUAGUGCGCCAACCGCGCCCAUCGCGCCAACUGCGCCCACAGCGCUACAGCGCCAACCGCGCCCAUCGCGCCAACAGCGCCACCCGCGCCUCGCCUCCGAGCUACCGGCACUAGUGAUGCGACUCUCACACACAACUCAAUUUGAGUCGAGUCAAUUGAGCUAGUUGACUUGAUAUGAGAUUGACUCACAUAUCACUCAAUUUGUUCAAUUUGUAUUCGUGAUUGUCGAAUCAUGUGAGUUUGUAGACUCAGUUUAAAGAGCUCGCCAUUCGCACGUGACUUGAUAAGUCAAAUUUGUAACCGUGUUUAAGGACAGUCGAGUUAGUUUGUCGUUAAAUUUAUAGUUUUAGUUAUUGUAAUACAAAACAUCAAUAUUUACUGUAAUAUACAUAUAUUUAUAUGUAUUGCUUU